UUUCGCGCAUUUAUUGCAUAACAAGUGCUUUGCUUUCAAACUGUUGUCUGUUUUGCCAAACAUUUCAUUCGUUAAUCACUCGUUAUAUUGAUUGUUAUAAUGUUUGUCUUCGCGGUGACCAUCACUUGCCUCACCACCGAUCUCUUCACCCGUAAUCUCUAAGAACCGAUGGUCAGAGCGACUGAAAUGCCAUUAAAGCGAAAGGAGAGUAACAAACGAUACAUCAGUUCCGACUCUGAAGACAGCAGUGUUUGCGAGACACCGAAGAAGGAGUCGACAGUUGGCGCCAAACGAUUGGCCGACCGGAAGGGCGUCUCAGAGAUGGUUAACCCCAACGAUAGUUACGACAUUCGGCUCACGAAUGGCAAAGUGAACGGCAUUUCAAUGGAUGCCUCGACUAUUGGUCUCAAUUCGGCGCUCAAUCCCCGCGUUUCGCUCAACAGAGAGGCCGUCGAAAGCUAUCAGAAGCGCAAGAGUUUGGGAUUAAGUGCACCGAAAGCCACACCAAUUCAGGAGAGGGAUGAACGCGAA